UCGAUUGUGUGACGAACAGUGUUUAUAAAGGUCUUGCGAAGACAUAUCACAUCAUCAAUCCAUUCCAGUAAUGAAUGCCAUACACUUUUAUUUCUUAAAUUUAACAUCUUAAUUGGUUGUAUCUCUAAUUUGGAAAACGUUUUUUUAAAAAAAUUAUUUUGCUUUUUAUAAAUGAAAAUAUAUGCAGAAAAUAGUAACUUUGCGUGCCCGGAUGUGACCUAAAGUGAUGUUUACAACUUCCAUGUGGCUGGAAAAGGAAUCUAGACUGUUGGUCCCUUUGAAGUGAUCAUAUAAUUAAACGCCGCAUCUGGAAGCACAAAUGGGGGAGCCAGCGAGAGUGGAGGUCCCUAUGUCUGCUGCUGUGACCAGUGGGGUAGUUAACGGGCUGGACAACUCUGUAGAUGUGUCCUUUCUCAGGUAUCCUCCUCACAGACCAUUUAUUAACUCCAGCUACCAGCGCUCCCCCAGCAAGGCAGUCAUGUCUUACCCUGAGACUAACAGAGAUGGAGUCUUGUCAGCCCUACGCACACUGCAGGAAAAGAUGCAGAAAUUAGAGUUAGACAAAAGAAAUGCAGAGUCAAAGCUUCAUACUUUGGAAAUAGAAACCGAUGUGUACAGAAACUCUUUGAACCAAAAUGGCCAGGAUGCUGACACACCACGUGGGGAGGCUGCUUAUUCAGGGACAAACAGCAGCAGCACUGCUCCAUCACUGAGAGAUCUUCCAACAAAAGAUUUGGAGUUGCAGUUGUCCUCAGCAGAAACACGAUGUCAGCUGCUGGAAAAACAGCUGGACUACAUGCGUAAAAUGGUGCACAAUGCUGAACGGGACCGUUCAGAAGCCCUGCAGAAAGCCAACACACUGCAGCAUCAACAUGAACCGUCGCCAUUGAAACCAGACUACCAUGCUCAGCUUGAUAGAAUAAGCGAGCUGGAGCGAGACCACCUUCGGCUGACAGCCACACAGACACUAGCUGAGGCCAAGAUAAAGGAACUAGAGGAAAAGCUGAGAGAGGAGCGACUUCAUCGGCAAGUGCUGCAAGAGAGAGCAAUAGAUCUGGAAAGUGUAGCAGUUUCCCACAGACUGCUCCUUGACACAACACCAGAGUCUGAAGAAAGGAGAGAUGAAAGCACAAAAAAAAGGACACACAGUAGUAGGUCUGUAGCCACUAAGAAGAAAAAGAAAAAAGUUGCAGGAAAGAAGCCAGCAUUAGCCAAGCCUGAGCCAAUGAAACACUAUCGAUUAAAUUUGGCAGAGAUUCCAUUUGUUGCAGGGAAGGCAACAACACCAAGCCAUGCAGUUGGGGCUAAUGUGCAGAAAGUGUUGUCAAUAAUGAAGCGGCACAAUCUCGCCCUCUGUUCUUCCCUCUACAAUGGUCACAACCAUGGAGCGGAGGGGUCUGGAAGCCAUAAUAACUCCCCUAGCCACUCAUCGUCUUCCAGUAUCAGUCUCGAUCAGGACUUGACAGACCUUCUGUCACAGCUGCAGGAUGAGCUUGGUCAGCUUGGUUUUGAACACCAGGAGCUGAUGCACCAGGUUAGUGAAGCUCGAGAUCCUCGGAUUAGAGAGGACUUGGAGAGAGAGCUUGACGGUCUUGUUGUUAGAAUGGAAGCUAAGGCCCAACAAAUUUCGAGAGUCAGGCUUCACCAGCAGAAGUUAGAGGAUGCCAAGAGACAGUUGAGAAAGCAUGGGAAGAAGACAGCUUCAUCAGAAGCUACUCCUCGGCCUCAUUCAGCAAUGGGCCGUCUUGCGAAUAAUCACAAAUCCCCUGAAAGUGACAGAUGCAGAUCUCACAGUGCUACGAGAAAAGGUUGUCUGUAUAGACAAAAGCCAGCACCCCCAACUCUAAAUGUACUCAAAGACAUGAAGAAGCUUCAGACAACUUUGCGACGAGAUGACUUGAGCUGGGAGUGAUAAUGGCACAAUAUAUGUGUGUGUGUGCGUGCGUGUGCGGGUGCGUGCUACUGUUCCAAUCUCGUUUAGUCAGCUUCAGCAGUUUUUAAAACGUGUGGUGAUAUCAGUACAAUUGCAUCUGAAUUUAUAGACCUGCGAGAUGUUUGGUCAUUUGGUUCAUGGUGUUCUGGAAGCUUCCUGUUUAUACCAUUGCUACACUUUUCUGUAAAAAAAAAAGCAUGUAGGAAAUGGUCUCAGGAUUACAUAACCUUGGCACUUGAGCCUUGUCACCAUGCUUGGAGAUGGGACUCCCUUUUGACUUUCAGUGCAAGAAAAUUAUGAUAAAAUGUCUGAUGAAUUUUCUGUGGAUUGGAGCAGAGUUGACAUUUGGUGUUCCAGAUAUUUUGUGCAAAAUGAUUGGACAGAUAUGGUGCUGUCUCUUUAAAUCAAGUGCUAGUUUCUGCAGCAAUUUUGUGACAGCUAGGGCAGCAGUUGGGCUUCAUGUGUUAAUAAACAUUGUGCCUUAGGGCUUAAGAUGGACUUUUCUGCAAUGGAUGGCAUACUUUUGUCACAGCAGAAUAGGUAAGAGUAUGUUCUUUUUAUAUUUUACUCUUUGUUGUCCAUUUUUUCUUGCCUGGCCACUGAAUGAACAGGGUUCUUUAAUAAGACAUAUUCAAGGAAACGAUAAUGACUUAAUACACUUAACAGUCUUUUAAAAGUAUUUUUAUCACAAUAGGAUUUAGGAUUCUGUUUUUUCAGCUCACAGUGCUAAGACACCAAAGUUUGUGGUGAUGUUAAUAUUUAUCAAAAAUGAUAAAAGAAUGAGAAAAUGAUUAUAAUAAAAUAACUGUUCUCUAGAAUAAAGUGUUUGCUUAUAGCGAAUGUAGAAGAGGUGCACUUUAUUUAGUAUGUCUUCCAUCUCUGUUUUUAAAAUGCCUUCAUAUGAUCAACUAUAGAUCUUUGUCUUUGUUUGUGUUGUUUGGCAAAAAUUGUUCGUAGAUUUGUCAGUGGUUAUUACAACCUUAGCACACUUCAGGGAAUUAUCUUUUUAAGGAAAAUGUUAUAUAAGAGAAAAAAUGCAUUUAAUGUAGUAAAAUCCAACUUUUGCUAUGUAUUUUGCUCUCCUAAGUACAUCCCUAGUUCCAUAAUCAAAAUUUGACAUUAUUUUUAUCGUUUCUGUGUUUAUAUACAUAUGUUCCCCACAUAUUGUAUUUACAACUAGAAAAAAAUGUUUGUAUGAAAGAGAACUUCAAAAUUACACAUCUAACAGUUGAAGAUGACAGUAAGGCAGUGUAGUAACUACAUAUUCAGAUAGAUUCAAUUAAUCAGCUGUAUUGUGUUGUUUCAUUAUAUUUGUAUGCAAAUGUUCCCAGGUUUCAGACUAACAUGUUAACCCUAUCUAUCAACUGACUACUGUAGGAAAAUAUGUUAUCAAUCUGCUAUGUUAUGUUUGUUUCUGUCAUUUUCAUACGACUGCUUAUUCAACAUUUUUGUUUUAAUGCUCACUGAAUGAUCUGGCAAAUUUCCGUCCAGCCAGUUAAAAAUGUGAUAUGUGAAUGUUGUGGACAUUAUUUAUACUUUUUGAAAUACAGUUUUCAUUCCAGUGUAUGUUUGCUGCCACUCAUUGUCACCCACCCUUGACAGAGGGUUACUGUAUUUGGGGCUGGGCACUAGGAAGAGGGUGGGUUGUAGGGAGUUACUUUACGCUUUUAAGCUUCUGUAGUUUGUUAAACCUUUGGCAAACAUAUUUUACACAUUGGGAUGAGAGGCUGCAUGCAAUUGCUGACUUAAUGUUUAUUUUAAUGCAUAUGAUUAUUAAAUUGUGUGCAUUUAUAUUGUUUAAGAGAGGUUUUAAUAAGGGUUACAAAAUUUGCUUUGGACCAUCCUCUUCUUUUUAUAUAUAAAUGCCACUCAUUUGAAAAUCUUUUUUACAACAAUAAAGUUGUUGUCAGAAAUUUACAAA